AUGGCCUCUCACGCUGUGCUCAAAGAGCAACUUAUUGAGAUGGGCUUUGAUGAAAAACUGAUAAAGGGGGCUUUGCACUUGCUCUCUGAUAAAGCUACUCUCGAAUCUGUCAUUGAAGCAAUUGAGAAUGGAACUGCUGAAGUCGAAGCGGCUAAGAUGGAAUCUGAUCCGAAGAGCGCGGAAACAGCUGAUAACCCCAAUGCUAUACCUACCCCUGAAGAGGUUGAACUUAAGAAAAAGCAAAUGGAAGAUAGAAUCAAACAGCGACGUAAAGAAAUUGAAGAAAUUGAAAAAGAAGCCGAACGACAGCGAGAGAUUCAACGUCGAAGAGACGGAAAGGACAUGGGGAAAAUGCGUGAAGAAAUUGAGAAAAUUCAGCGCGAAAAGCUGGCUGAGAGCAUUAGACGCGAGAAAGAAUCCGACAAAGCUGCCAGGGAUGCGAUUCUGCGUAAAAUCGAACAGGAUAAAGCAGAGCGCCGAGCUCGAAAUGCCGGUGGUGCCCCGCCGGCUCCAGCCGUCUCAGCUGCUCCGGUAGUGCAAUCCAUCCCGCCGCCUGUGAGCAAUGCCAACGGAAAGACCAAGUUGGCCAUUCGUCUCCUCGACGGCACCUCAAUCAUCCAGGAGUUUGAGGCUAAGGAAGUUCUCUCCGCUGUGCGAGCUUAUGUCGUCACACAGAAGAAUAUUGCCUGCAAUAUCACACUGGCUAUGCCUCCGAGACCUCCUUUUUCGGAGGAAGACUUUACCAAGUCACUGCAAGUUCUUGGCCUUGUCCCCAAUGCUCGUCUUCAGGUGGUCAAGCGGAACAACUAA